CAGAGAGACCGAAGAGUGACAUUCUCGUUGGCAUCAUUUUUCUCUACUAUUAUAAAAAUUGAAAAUAUUUUUACUGGUAUUUUCGUACGUCAUCCGGGUACGAGACGGUUUUUAAAUUCGUUUGCUUUUAGAAAUACAUAUCCGUAUUUGAGUCGGUUUUUAACAUUGUUCACUUUUGGCAAUACAGAAAGAAUCAUAUAAGAAAUCUGUUUAAAAAAAACUCGCAUGCUAACUUAAACGAUCGGACUUCUAACUGCAGCUCAUGAUUUUAUAAAAAAAUAUAUAUCCAAGCGAACUCCAUAGUGAAUUUCAUUUUAACUAAACCAUAUAAUAAUAACAAGAUUAAAAUAGACUUUACCCAUUGUAAUGCACGGGCAUUUUUUUAGUCUAUGAAAAAAUUGAGAAAAUUUUGCAAGUGAAAUAUUAUUAUGCCACAUUAGCAACAAAGAAAGUUGGAAAUAUUUGCAGUAUAAAAAAAACAAGUAAAAACAUGCCACUCGUAGCUAGAAAAAAAAAGUAACUUAAGGAAUAUAAAAACAUGCUUCCCAUAUAGAAAAAAAAAAGAGUAACCCCAAAUCAAGUAAUACUCGUUGAAGCAAGAUGUAUGUGAAACCGAAAAAAGAAAAAAAAAAAGAACAAAUAAGACGCUGAUCUGAUUGAUCUCUUCUCGUCGUCUUCUUCCCGCGCCUUUCGCGAAGCCAACUGCUCGAACGGACGCACCCGUGCAGCCGCGCUCGUCGGCCGUCGCCGUCGAGGCCGCCCCUCCGCCGCCGCCAGCAGCUGAUCCGUUCGCCAUUCCUUCGCGCGCUGGUUUCCACCUUUCCUUGCCCGUCCGUCAGGCCGGACAUGGCACGCCGCGUCGCUGCCCGCGCCCGCGCCCGCGCCGGCGGCGUCCCGCGCUCGGAGGGUACGAUCCAAGACCGAGCACGCGUUGGGAGCGGUGGCGCCGAGGACGCACUCGACGUGUUCGACGAAUUGCUCCGGCGAGGCAUCGGCGCUCCGAUCCGCAGCUUGAACGGCGCUCUCGCCGACGUCGCGCGCGACAACCCCGCGGCCGCUGUGUCCCGCUUCAACCGCAUGGCACGAGCUGGUGCCAGCAUGGUAACUCCCACCGUGCACACCUAUGGCAUCCUCAUCGGCUGCUGCUGCAGUGCGGGCCGCUUAGACCUCGGUUUCGCGGCCUUGGGCCAUGUCGUUAAGAAGGGAUUCAGAGUGGAACCCAUCAUCUUUAAUCCUCUGCUCAAGGGCCUCUGUGCAGACAAGAGGACGGACGACGCAAUGGACAUAGUGCUCCGUGGAAUGACCGAGCUCAGCUGCGUGCCAAAUGUCUUCUCCCACACCAUUAUUCUCAAGGGACUCUGUCAUGAGAACAGAAGCCAAGAAGCUCUCGAGCUGCUCCACAUGAUGGCUGAUGAUGGAGGAGGCUGCUUACCUAAUGUUGUGUCAUACAGCACCGUCAUCGAUGGCCUCUUGAAAGGAGGGGAUCCGGACAAAGCCUACGCUACAUACCGUGAAAUGCUUGACCGGAGGAUUUUGCCAAAUGUUGUGAUUUACAGCUCCAUUAUUGCUGCCCUAUGCAAGGGUCAAGCAAUGGACAAGGCCAUGGAGGUACACGAUAGGAUGGUUAAGAAUGGAGUUACACCCAAUUGCUUCACGUAUACUAGUCUUGUGCAUGGAUUUUGCUCUUCAGGGCAGUUGACAGAGGCUAUUAAAUUUCUAGAAAAGAUGUGCAGCAAUGGUGUUGAACCAAAUGUUGUUACUUAUAGCUCGUUUAUGGACUAUCUCUGCAAGAACGGAAGAUGCACAGAAGCUAGAAAGAUUUUUGAUUCUAUGGUCAAGAGGGGCCUAAAGCCUGAUAUUACUACCUACAGUAGCUUACUUCAUGGGUAUGCUAUCGAAGGAGCUCUUGUUGAGAUGCAUGGUCUCUUUGAUUUGAUGGUACAAAGUGAUAUGCAACCCGAUCAUUAUGUCUUCAACACACUAAUAUAUGCAUCCGCCAAGCAAGGAAAAGUAGAUGAGGCCAUGCUUGUAUUUAGCAAAAUGAGGCAGCAAGGAUUGAAACCUAAUUGUGUUACGUAUAGCACUUUGAUUAAUGGCUACUGUAAAAUUACUAGGAUGGAGAAUGCUUUAGCACUUUUCCAAGAGAUGGUGAGCAAUGGUGUUAGUCCUAAUUUUAUCACAUAUAACAUAAUGCUGCAAGGUUUAUUUCGUACAGGAAGAACUGCUACUGCAAAAGAAUUCUAUGUACAGAUUAUCAAAAGUGGCAAAAAAGAUCUUAUAGAACAGGGGUUGCUAGAAGAAUUGGAUGAUCUAUUUCUUUCAAUGGAGGACAAUGACUGUAGUACUGUGUCGACUCCUGCAUGCUAAAUUGCAGAGUUACAAAGUUACUUCAAAAAGGGGAAGUAGGCACUAGGCAGUGCUGGGGUUUACAUGUCCAAAAUUGAUCAAAAUAACCUCCCCGUUGAAGCUUCGACUGUUGAUUUGCUGAUUUUGCUGAUUUCAAGCAGGAAAUUCAAUCAAACAUACGGAAUUUCUCCCUGAAAAGUUUUGCUCUGAAGUGAAAUCCAUCCUGUUUGAAAUGGCCUACAGUUAUGCAGUUGUAACUGGCUAUUGUUGGCCUUCUCACUGAAUUAGUAAUACAAACAAGAAAUUCUGGACCACUCUAUGUUUGGGGAUCACCUUUAUCUGUUACAUGUGGAUUGCUAGGUACAAACUGCCCUUUUUUUUGUCACACUAUAUCUGAUUCCCUUCGAAGAAAAAUUCCCAGAUGAUAUUAUAGUUCUCUAAUUUUGCUACUUUUUGUAGCUUUGUUAGAACUAAUUUAUUAUCUGCUAAACUUGCAGUGACAAAGAUUCCCCUGUAUGAUAAAUAGCAUAGUUAGCAGACUGUUUCACAGAGGUGCACUAAGCAGAGCUGGUGCUUACCUCUCCAUGACUGAUGAUAAGCACUUCUCUCUCAAAGCAUGGUCUGUUUCCCUGUUUUAUAGAUCUUUUUUUCUGGAGGCAAACACCAAGAAUAUCAUAGGUUUUCCCCUGAAAAGUACAAGUAUUUAUAGAAUAUUGGAACCGCUGAAGAUUUUUGCAGCUACGAAAUUCUGAAUUGGAAUUCUUGUCUGCUACAAUCCUGCUAGUGGAGGGUUCUUUUCUCUGUAUGCAUAAAUAGCAAGGUUUCAAUCAAGAGGGUUUCAUGAGUUCAAUUAUGAAUACUGUUGGGUCUAUACUAGUUUGCCUUUCUCCGCACUGAAGAAAUGAUAGAAGUAUUGUUAUUCAACAAAUGCAGUAUUUAAUUAUCCAAAAAAAAACAUUGUGGAACAAGAUCUUGUUGUAUAAAAUGAUAUUCUACUGGAUCAUCAUAUCUCCAACAUAUUAAUACUAUGUGCAUAUGGUAAACUUGAAAUGUUUGAUGAAGAAAUGCUUUUUGUACUAAACUGACUAUUUUUGACGUAAAAAGGUAGAGGUGGCUCUACCUUGUAGCCAUCUCAUUAAUGGAAAUUGUGGAAGACAAGGUUGCAUUGUGAACAUUAGGUUGGAGGGGAAAAAACAAAAAAAAAGGGAAAAAAUAAAAAACAUUACACUGUAAGGUGAACUGUCUAAGCUGCUCGCACCAAUUUUUAAUCCCCAAUUUGGUCUCACAACUGGCUCGGUGGCUACAAAGAUGAAGAGUACCAGAUAUUUGCUGCUUUAGGAAUUAACUGGAUAUCGUCAUGUACAGAGUUAUUCUAGAAGAACUUUGUAAAAAAAGAAUAAUACUACUAGAUACUAGUGUUCAUGAAGUGCUCCAGAUGUUUGACAAUUGGCAACCUCAACCUGUGCUCAACUGGUUUUGAGAUUGAUUCUGGGACUGCAGUAUCAUGAUAGCUACCUUGCUUAAACAUGGCAGAAAGCAUGACAGCAUGAUUUGCUAGCUUCUAUAAUCUGGGCCAAUGGUUUUUAGCACCUGGUGCUUUGAGCGACAGAUAAUAACUGUAAAUCCUAUAGAACAAGGGUUGUUGCAAAGGUUCUGAACUUCUGAUGAAAUUAUCAAUGGUUGUGCAAGCUCCUUCGGCCAUGUUUUGUUGGGUCUGGAAAGAAAAAAGAUUCUUAUCGUCAUACAUAUUUUUCUCUUUUUUUUGGGUAAGGAAAAAGUAUUGUGUUGAAGAAUUUCUAAAGCUUUCCCUCAGCAUUAGGAGAUUGAAAGGAAUACUUUUUUUUGUGAGGAAAGGGAUACUUAUUUGGUACUAUUGUUCUAGCAUGGAACCAUCCCCUGAAAUUUGUUUGUUAAAAUGCUAAUCCUACUUCUAUUUUUCCUUGGACUUUUCAUGAAUUUGCAGGGAACAUCUUCUUGGCCUGCUGCACCGAGGGAGAAUGAAUAUUCUGCCGAAGUCAUAAAACAUUUACAAAUUUAUUUCUUGUCAGGAAGUGCUCGUGCUCCCGCCAAUUGAGACCUGCCUCUCGUUUGCAAAAACAUGCUGGUUGUUUUGGAUUUGGAUUAUUAUGAGUUGAUCUGCAAAGAUUGUUUUGGAUUUGGAUUAUUAUGAGUUGAUCUGCAAAGAGGCAAUUCAAGAGAAGCAAAACCGUCCAACAGAGGAUAAAUGGAACAGGAUAAUAGUAUACUACAGGCAGUAUGAUUGUAGAGUGGCCCUAAAACAGUAACUUCCACGCUAAUAAUAGUGCUUGCUUUACAGUA